AUGACCAAAUCAUACAGCGAGAGCGGGCUGAUGGGCGAGCCUCAGCCCCAGGGUCCUCCCAGCUGGACAGACGAAUGUCUCAGUUCUCAGGACGAGGAGCACGAGGCAGACAAGAAGGAGGACGACCUCGAAGCGAUGAACGCGGAAGAGGACUCACUGAGGAACGGGGCAGAGGAGGAGGACGAAGACGAGGAUCUGGAAGAGGAGGAAGAAGAGGAAGAGGAAGACGACGAUCAGAAGCCCAAGAGACGGGGCCCCAAAAAGAAGAAGAUGACCAAGGCGCGCCUGGAGCGUUUUAAGCUAAGGCGCAUGAAGGCCAACGCCCGGGAACGGAACCGCAUGCACGGGCUAAACGCGGCUCUGGACAACCUGCGCAAGGUGGUGCCCUGCUAUUCCAAGACGCAGAAGCUGUCCAAAAUCGAGACGCUGCGCCUGGCCAAGAACUACAUCUGGGCUCUGUCAGAGAUCCUGCGUUCAGGCAAAAGCCCUGAUCUGGUUUCCUUCGUACAGACUCUCUGCAAGGGCUUAUCCCAGCCCACCACCAACCUGGUUGCCGGCUGCCUGCAGCUUAAUCCUCGGACUUUUCUGCCUGAGCAGAACCAGGACAUGCCUCCGCACCUGCCUACCGCCAGCGCUUCCUUCCCUGUGCACCCGUACUCUUACCAGUCGCCGGGGCUGCCCAGUCCGCCCUACGGUACCAUGGACAGCUCCCAUGUCUUCCACGUUAAGCCGCCGCCGCACGCCUACAGCGCUGCGCUUGAGCCCUUCUUUGAAAGCCCCCUGACUGACUGCACCAGCCCUUCCUUUGACGGACCCCUCAGCCCGCCGCUCAGUAUCAAUGGCAACUUCUCUUUCAAACACGAACCGUCCGCGGAGUUUGAGAAAAAUUAUGCCUUUACCAUGCACUAUCCUGCAGCGACCUUGGCAGGGGCCCAAAGCCACGGAUCAAUCUUCUCGGGCGCCGCUGCCCCUCGCUGUGAGAUCCCUAUAGACAAUAUCAUGUCCUUCGAUAGCCAUUCACAUCAUGAGCGAGUCAUGAGUGCCCAGCUCAAUGCCAUCUUUCACGAUUAGAAGCAUGUCAGUUUCACCAUCCCCGGGAAACGUACCCACUGUGCUUACAGUGACUGUGGUGUUUACAAAAGGCAGCCCUUUGGGUACUAUUGCUGCAAAGUGCAAAUACUCCAAGCUUCAAGUGAUAUAUGUAUUUAUUGUCGUUACUGCCUUUGGAAG